UGACUGACUGCUCUAAAGUAGGAAGGGUUUUAAUGAUUUGCACGAGAUACCCAUAGAAUCAACUGCUUUGUGAUAAUACGUGCCUCUCAACCACCUGCAGUUCUCUUGCUUUUCCUUUCUUCCUAGUUCUGUGCAGGUUUUCUAUCAGAAAUAGUAGCAAAAGAAGAAGCAGGCAAUGGAUGCACAUGGACGGAAAAAGCUAGACUUCAACUUGCCACUCUUAUCAACUAGGCGUCCUGGCGGUCAUGCUGACGAAGAACCUUACACUAUCCGUGCACAGGUAAGCGCAAUGCAGGACACAAGUGAGAGGAUUCCAUUCUGUUGGGAACAAGCUCCGGGCAAGCCCAAGGUCGACAUGGAGAGAAGCAAUAACCCUGAUUGUGAAACACCUCGUCCGAAGCUCCCUCCUUGCAGAUGGCAUCCAUCAAGAACUGAAGCAUAUAGUGUUGAUGAUCAAAACGAGGGUUGUGAGGCCGAUGUGGAGGAUGUUGCUUUCUCCGAUGCCAUGGACACGUUUUCGUUGACAGAGGCAAUAGACAUUGCGCAGAGAGCAGAGGAUGAUCAUGGUUUAAAUGGGUCAAAUUUAGAGAGUUUAAACCUUAGUCACAGUCCAUCCCCAAAUUUCAUGAUGGAGAGGUUUCUUCCUGAUGCCACUGCAUUGGCUGCAUCAACUGCACUAACAACGCUGCCCCAUUUAUGCAGUUAUCCUGAGAAAGUAGUUGUUUCAAACUCAUACUCUUCUUCACACAAGGGUUGUGGCCUUGAAAUCUUGUUUCCUUGGCGCAUGAAACACAAGGUCUGUGGUAUAAAGAGCCCUGUGCGGCGAGGCUCACCUAAUGUUGUUGCUUCUGCCAAACCAGACAAACAUCCCUCAUCAACCAAAAAGCACUUCAGAGGUGUAAUUAAUUAUAGAUGAUGCAUAUAUAUACAGUUCUUUCAUAAUCAUAAUGCAAAACUCCU